ACCUUCUAGGGGUGUCCUCGACUCCUGUUGGUUGACCUGCAUUUCAUUGUUUCACAUCUGCUCUCCAGAUUGGAAGCUCCUGGAGGAAGGAAACUUGCCUGAAGCCUAGUGCCCAGCCUGACACAGAAUGGGUUUGUGGGCGUGGAGAGCAUGUGGAAGGACCGUGUUGGCAGAGAAGGUUGGCUGCUGAGCCAGGGCGUGUCUCCAGGAGGCCAGCCAGGCCGCCCCGAUCCUCACCUCGCUGCCAUGGGCCAUCCAGGCUGGUCAGUUUCUGGUGCAUGACUCAGGGACUGGGGCAGCCAGAGGCCCAGGAGAUCCUGCUGUGUCCAGGCCAAGGGUUUCGGGAUCCAGCGGCAUGCCCAUGUGCCACCCAUCCUGCUUCUGAGCAAGCUUGCCUGCCAUCGCCCAGGCCCCUAGAGCUCCAGGCCUCCGGCUGGAAGUGCCCAUGGUUGCUGGCUGUCCUUCCUCUUGGACCACCUCCAGGCCUGGUUUGUGGAACUGAAUGGGCCUCAAAUCAUAGGCCGCCAACCUGGCAGUUUGAGUGGGACAGGCCUCACCAGGAAGAGAGGCCUGUGUGCCAUGUGGCAACGGCAUGAUCUCUGACAGCCCUGGCACAUGCCAGACCCUGCCCUGGGCCUGUGUUGGCCGCACAUUGUAGGUGGCACUGGCCCAGUCCAUGGGGAACUCACAGACCAGCCAGUUCCUGCUGGAGGCUCCUGACAUCACCUGGGGAGAUGCUGUCCAGGCCCCCCGACUGGCUGCUGUGGCUGCUCCGGGGCACCCCAAGACAGCGGGUCUGCACCCUGUUUAUCAUCAGCUUCAAGUUCAUGCUUUUUGUCUCCGUCAUGAUCUACUGGCACAUCGUGGGAGAGCCCAGGGGCCAAGGACAUUUCUCCAACCUGCCUGCCGACAUCCCCUGCCCCCGCUUGGUGCCCCCCACACCAGCCUCUGGAACCCCACCUCCAGGCAACAUCUUCUUCCUGGAGACUUCUGACCGGACCAACCCCAACUUCCUGUUCAUGUGCUCAGUGGAGUCAGCAGCCCGGGCCCACCCCGAGUCGCGGGUGGUGGUCCUGAUGAAGGGGCUGCCUGGCGGGAACGCCUCCCUACCCCGGCACCUGGGCCUCUCGCUGCUGGGCUGCUUCCCCAACGUGCAGAUCCUCCCACUGGACCUGGAGGAGCUGUUCCGGGACACGCCUCUGGCAGCCUGGUACACGGCCGUGCGGCAGCGGUGGGAGCCCUACCUGCUGCCCGUGCUCUCCGAUGCCUCUAGGAUUGCGCUCCUGUGGAAGUUUGGAGGCAUCUACCUGGACACGGAUUUCAUCGUCCUCAAGAACCUGAGGAACCUGACCAAUGCACUGGGCACCCAGUCCCGCUACGUCCUCAACGGCGCCUUCCUGGCCUUCGAGCGCCACCAUGAGUUCAUGGCGCUGUGCAUGCGUGACUUCGUGGCCCACUACAACGGCUGGAUCUGGGGCCACCAGGGCCCGCAGCUGCUCACGCGGGUCUUCAAGAAGUGGUGCUCCAUCCGCAGCCUGGGCGAGAGCCACUUCUGCCGCGGCGUCACCACCCUGCCCUGCGAGGCGUUCUACCCCAUCCCCUGGCAGAACUGGAAGAAGUACUUUGAAGAGAUCACCCCCGAGGAGCUGUCCCGGCUGCUCAAUGCCACCUACGCUGUCCACGUGUGGAACAAGAAGAGCCAGGGCACAAGCUUCGAGGCCACGUCCAGGGCGCUGCUGGCCCAGCUCCACUCCCGCUACUGCCCCACGACACAUGAGGCCAUGAAGAUGUACUUGUGAAGGGCUUGCCAGGCCGCCUGCCCCCACCUAGCAUCCGGGAGAAGGGCUCUCGGCCACCCUUCCUGGGGAGGCGAGAUGGGAGGGCUCGGGAGAGGGAGGCCUGAGCUGCUGCAGCCCAGGAUUUGGUGCAGAAAACUGUCAGCCCAAGAGGUGUUACUGGAGGACGUGCUGCAGGCCCUGGGAUCUGCUCCCUUCAAGCUUGUGUGAGGCUGGUUGGACAGUCCCUAGGCCAGUGCACUGUCACAGGGUACAGGUGACUAGUGGUGAGGGUAAGGUGCUCAGCCAGAAUCAACUGGAGUCUUAUAGACAACAGGCAAGCCCAGUGAACAUGAAAGCAUCUUCCAGGGCAGCAUGGAAAGCAGGCAGGUUGGGGCUGAAGUGCCCAUGAGGGGAGCACAAAGCCCAAGGAAAGAGGGUUGAGAGCAGGGAGAGGAGGCAGCUUGUGCAGGAGUGGGGAAGCAAAGCCAGCCUCAUGAGCCCAAGGGGUGGGGAGCUUUGGGGGGUUUGGUUUCUUUUUCAGAGGGGCCAAGGCAGGCAGAGCCGGCCCGGGGAGCAAUUUGGGAGAAACCCGGCCUACCCACCCCAUCCUUGUUUCUAGAGAUGUUGCAAGAGUGACAUGUGCCAGCUGCCUGCUUGUGGGCACGGGGGCUGGAGUUCUUUUGGCUCAGGAAAAGCAUUUUAAAGAAAUCACUCCCUGCUGUGCCUGUGAUAAACACAGGAGAAUAAUAAAUACAAUAAAUGACUCAC